UCAGGAAACACAGCGGUGGCUUGGGAGUGGUAGGCUGGCCAUUGUGGCUCCCCGGCCCUGUGGCCUUCUUCAGCGGAGUUGGUCGGUGGGGAUGGGGCAGCUGAGCCAUGUGCACCACCCUCUUCCUGUUCAGCUUGGCCAUGCUGUGGCGCCGUAGAUUUACCAACCGAGUGGAACCAGAGCCCAGCAGAGUGGACGGGACAGUUGUGGGCAGCGGCUCAGACACAGACCUUCAAUCUACCGGCAGGGAGAAAGGACCUGUGAAGUAGACUGUCACUCCUUCAGGCAGCCCGGCUCUGCGAAUGCGGCCCGUCCCGUCCGCCCUGACAGCUGGAGUCCUGGUUCACCUCCCAUCUAGGAAGAUGGUGUGGGGCUGGAAGCAGAGGCAGGAAGGAAAACCGGAGAAGCAAUCAUGGAGAAGCCCAUCCUCAGAGGGAUUUGGCUCUUGCUCUGAGGGGAGCCUCACAGAUUCCAGACGGCCGUGGCAAGUCCAAGCAUCGCGUCUCUACCAUGUCCCAGAGCCAGAAGAGAGGCUGUUGUUUGGAAAGGCAAGAAGAAUUCCCCCUACUUGGCCAGAAUUGUAUUGUAGACAAGAUGGAGGAGGGAUGGUUUACAGGAAGGCCUCCAACGCGCCUGCACACAGACGCACUUCCUGUGAAAGCACUGGUGCAGACGCUCAGAGUGUAAGCAGCCAGUGUCUUGGAGGCAUCAGCAACCCUCCUUCAUGACCUUAUU